AUGUUGCAACAAAUUAUACAAAUCAUAAUCGUGUCUGUUUGUCUUACACUACAAUGCUGCAAGCCUUGUAAGAAAUGUUGCAAAAAAUUCUGUCGACGUAAAAAAUCACAUCAUCAUGAUGAUGUAAAACCCGCAAUAUUACCACCUCCUCUCCAAUCACCGGCAAGUGAAAAGCCACCGAAACCUCCUGAAACACCCAAAGAGAACACGGAGCCAGGCUUGAAGCAAGAACAACCCGAACAGGCUGCUGAACCGCAAGCACCACCUAAAAUUGAAGAAGAAACAAAACCACCCGAACAAACGCCACAAAGAGAAGAUUCCAACUUAGACGAUGAAUAUAAUGCAUGUCCUGAUUUAACACCUCAAGAGAUACUCAGACUUACACAGUCAACACCAAUAUAG